AUGAACGUUCAAACCAGUGCAUAUUUAUAUCUUUCAAAAAUCCUAGAAACACAGCCAGGCGUCAAAGCUCUUCUCCUUGAUCAAGAGACCUUUAAUUUCAUCAGUGUAGCUAUGACAAAAACAGAAUUACUUGAAAAAGAAGUUGUUCUUUUCGAAAAUCUUACUUCCAGAGUUCACAAACCAGAAGACCCAAGUUGUACAUCCUUAAACUGCAUUAUCUUCGUUCGUCCAACAUCUGACAAUGUCGAAUUAAUUUCUCGUGAAUUAGAUCAUCCUCAUUUCCAAAGAUACAGCAUUUUCUUCUCAAACACAUCAGCAGAAGCUCAUAUUCGUCAACUUGCAGCUCAUGAUUCUCAAUCUCUUGUGGAUAUCGUUAGAGAAGUUUAUCUCGACUUCUAUCCUCUUAACGCUAAGUUAUUCUCGUUGAAUGUACCUGAUAUUUCCAUCCUUCGCGCUGGUAAUUCUUUCAAUGAAAUUGCAGGCCGUAUUCCUGAAGGUCUUUUCGCAUUCUUAUGCUCUCAGCGCGUUAAGCCACAUAUAAGAUUCGAUUCGAGCUCAAGCGCGUGUCAAUCAGUCGCAAGAUCGGUCACUUCACUUAUUGAUGAUUCUCGUGAUCUCUUUGCCACUGCACAAGAAAGCGCCACUGUUCUUAUAUUAGAUCGUCGCUCUGAUCCUAUUGCACCACUUCUCCAUCUUUGGUAUUAUUCCGCUGCAUUACACGAUUUAUUUGGCAUUGACAAGAACGUUGUUACAGUUGAUGGCCAGCAAUACGUCUUAAAUGAACGUACUGAUCCUGAAAGUGCCCCGUAUUAUACAAUGUAUCUUGGAGAUUUAGCACCAAAAUUAGAAACAAGAGUCAAACGCAUCCAAGAUACUCUUAGAGAGAUCCAACGUCAAUCCGAUGACCUCAACGACAUGCACGGCAAGAUGAGCGCUGUUUCUAAGGGCCAAACUGAAAAGGUUUACGCAGGAAACCAUUUGGACCUAUUUAAUGCAGUUCAUUCGAAGAUUUCCCAAGGAAAUUUAAUGGAAGUAUCAGGUUUAGAGCAGAUUGUUGCUGUUUACGAUUAUCCUGACGAUCAAUGCCAACAAAUCAUCGAAAUGAUCAACAAUCCAUCAACGCAACCAUUGGAUGCAUUAAGACUUGUAUUAAUUUUCGCUUUACAUCAUGAAAAGAAGUCGAAUAUCACUACUUACAUGACCAAAUUGUUGGAAUCUCUUGAAGCCAAGACAGUUUGGCAUAACAACGAAAUGAAAUACGUUGACAUGAUCACACAAAUCAUGGGCGAUAGGCAGAGAGGCCACGAAGACUUAUUCCAGAAUAGAACUGGAUUAACUAAGUUUACGCAAGGAAUAAAAUCAUUCGUAACAGUCGAAAAAAGUCAAUACGAGAUGUACAAAUGCUUACUAUACAGAAUACUUCAGAAACUGAAGGAAGGAAGAUUAUCUGAUCAGCAUUAUCCGUUUGCUACUAAAUCCCAGCCGACAAAGACUUCUAAAGUAAUUGUUUUCUACAUUGGAGGUGCAACUUACGAAGAAAUGAGAGUUGCAACGGAAUUAUCUCAACCAGGCUUCGACAUAAUGGUUGGAGGAACAACAGUUCAUUCAGCCGAAUCAUUCCUUAAGUAUGAACUUGCUCCUUAUUGCUGA